CAUUGCCGUUAAUGGGCGAAAAGACCGACUUCCGGAAUCAACAAAGCGAGAAUCAAGAAUCUGAACACCAAGAAUUAAUCAAGGAAAUUAGGCCCAGAAUACCAAAAAUAAAAAGAAAAUGGAAGUUGAUGGUAGCCUUGGACCGCUUGAUGGUUUCUUUACUGGUAAUCCAGAACAUAGUCUUGAAACCUGCAGAAAUGUGAAGAAUAUGGUGAUAGGUAAUAAUAGACAAAAAUCAGCAGUGAUCAAUGAUGGACUGUUACCAAGGUUAUUACAGUUAAUGAUAGAUGAAAGUGUAUCAUUUGACUUAAGAACAGAAUCAGCUGUUAUACUGGGUAGUGUUGCUAAGGGAACAGAUCAACAUAUACAAAGUUUGAUAGAUGCUGGAUGUGUCCAUGUUUUAUUAAAAGGUAUUUUUAGUGUACAUCUAAAAUAUGUUGAAGCUUGUUUACGCUGUUUGCGUUCUAUAUAUCUCAGUAAUAAGGCACCUGCCGAUCUUGUCUAUCAGGAUUUAGCUAUAAUCUCCCAUCUAGUGAAUAUAUUGUCUAAAACAGCUACAACACAAGAAUGUAUAACUUCUAUAUUCUCUAGUUGUUGUAAGACACAAGCUCAUCAAAAUGUACUCUAUAGUAAUGGUAUGGUAGCAGCUCUGGCUCCAUUAUUGAACUCUAAUGUGUAUAAGGUACAGAUGCCAACAAUGAAAUGUUUAGCAGUUAUAUGCUAUAAAAAUGAAGCUGUUUCACAUGCAGUAGCUUCAGCUGCAUUUAAUGGAGAACCAAUUCCAUCUUUACUACUCAAACUUAUUGCUAGAAAUAAAACCUCAGAAAUGCAAAUGGCUGCUGCUAAAUGUUUGACAUACCUGUAUCGUGCUGGGGGUCUGUCAGCUAAAAAUCCCAUCAUUCCAUUAAAGACGAUGCCAACACUAGUUAGAAUGUGUAAGAAAGAUCGAACAUUAGAAGAGAAUAUAGAUGGUGCCGAAACGUUAGCUUAUCUUGUCGAAGUAGAUCCUGAAUUACAGAAGAUAGCAUCUAUUACAGAUCAUGUCAUAUCAACAUUAGCUGUUUAUCUUAAAUACACAGAUGUGCAACAAAUUACCAGUAAAAUCAACGGGAAAAAGGAUAUGGAUUGGGGAUUAGAAAUGAAACAAGCAGCAUUUAAGGCUUUUGCAUCAAUUGGAGCUAAUGAUGAAGACAUACGUAAAAAGAUAAUUGAAACUGAGAAUUUAAUGGAUCAUAUUUUAAUGGCAAUGACAAGUGAUAAUGCUAAAGUACAGGGAGCAGCUACUAGAUGUCUUCACAGUUUAUCACGAUCAGUUCAACAAUUACGUACAACAUUUAAAGAUCAUUCUAUCUGGAAACCUCUGAUGAAGUUAAUAGAGAUUGGAUGUGAUGAAGUAUUAACGAUAGCAUCAUCAACACUCUGUAAUUUAUUAUUAGAGUUCUCACCCAGUAAAGAGGAUAUAUUAGAAUCUGGUGCUAUUAAUAUGUUAUGUAAAUUAGCCAGUAAAGAAGAUCCAGCUCUUAAAUUAAAUGGUGUAUGGGGAUUAAUGAAUAUGGCAUUUCAAUCUGAAGAGAAAGUAAAAUCUGAGAUAGUAGAGACUUUAGGAUCAGAACAACUAUUUGUAUUAUUAUCAGAUGAAGAUCCUACCAUAUUAAUGAAGACACUGGGCUUAUUACGCAACCUCCUGUCUAAUAAACCAGUUUGUAAUCUCGUGCAUAUAGAUAGUAUUAUGAAUGUAUAUGGUACACAAGUCAUGCAGGCAGUAGUGUUUAUAUUAGAAGGUGAUCAUUCCGUGGAUAUCAAAGAACAGACAUUAUGCAUAUUGGCUAACAUAGCUGAUGGUGAUAGAGCUAAAGAUUUUAUAAUGGAGAAUGAAGAUGUUUUAAAGAAAUUAAUGUCCUAUAUGAAUCACAGUAAUCCACAAUUACAGAUAGCUGCUACAUAUACUAUUUCUAAUCUAGUCUGGAAUGAACAUGAUGAUGCUAAAUGUUAUCACAGACAAGAAAAGUUAAGAGAUCUUGGUGUCCAAAGACUUCUACAAAAAUUACUUGACACUCCUGAUCAGACAUUAUUUGAAAAGGUCAAAACAGCUUUACAACAAUUCUCAUAAUACAACACUAUGUUAUGGUUCUAUUUAUAUUUUUGUAUGAAUUUAAGUGGAUAAAUUUGUGAAAUAUGUGAAGCUUAUUGCAACAGACAAUUGAAUUUUUUCUGUGUAUGAAAUUAAGUGGAUAUCUUUGUGAAAUAUGUGAUGCUUAUUGCAACAGAGAAUUGAAUUUUUUUUUGUGUAUGGAAUUAAGUAGAUAAACUUGUCAAAUAUGAGAUGUUUAUUGCAACAGACAAUUUAAUAUGGCAAGUUAAAGUGUAUUAAGACAUGAAGUUGAUGACUUUAUUAAAUGAUUGUUAUGAUUGCAUAGAAUGUACAUAUAGUUGGAUAUCAGGUAUGAUGUCAUUGAGAAAGAAGCAAACCAUUUGUUGUACUUCAAUUCACCAGAGUUGCAAUUUAUUAAUUGACUAGUUAAUUAUCAUAUCCUCUCAUUUUGAAUAUUACAUGUUAUGAAUCUACAAUGUAUGUACACGUAUUUACAUGUUAUUGUGUCAGAUAAGAUCAACAGACAAAAUUAAGUUUUUGAAGUGAAAAAAUAUGAGAAAGCAUUAGAUUGUUUUUAAAAUGGUGUCAUAUUUAUUAAUAUCGUUCAAGUACAGAAAGAGGGCAGACUAUAAUCUAGUCUAGUUCACAAAAUUCACACCAAUUUAUUGUUUGUAUUAUUAUUUUGAAUCUAAAGGUCAACAAAUUAUUUAGUGGCAAGGUAACUGAAUAGAAAUAAACAAAAUUAAAAAGAUCUUUGCAAUAUUAUUUGACUUAGUUCUUUACUUGAACAGAAUAAAGAUGCCCCUGUUUGUAGACUUUUUGGAUGAAAUUACAAGCUAUGUGUGAGUUCUUAUGACUAUCCCUCAUUCUGAAUUUGAAUAACACUAUAGUCCUUGUGAAAAUGUGCCAUGUGAAUCACAAAUCAUCCAUUUCUUGUUGUCAUGGUGAUUUGACAGAAGGUAGGAUGUAAAUACAAGUGUGUAAUGUAACUGUAUAGUACAUGUAUAAAUAAACUACAUAUGUAAUAAAAUA